GGCUAAAUCAACGGGCCGACACCUCCGCCGAAAUGUCGACCUCUGAACAUCAGGCACCUGCGUAAACUAUAUAGCUAGAUAAGCUCAUUUACAACACCAUCAUUAAGCCAUAAAAAUGCCGCAGCAGCUUGCUCUUUGUCUCUGAACUCGCAUGUGCUAUCUGUAACCUCCAAGCCCCGCCGGAUCUCCUUGUUAGCAGCGUUCUGUGCCUCUAGCUGCUUAGACCCAGCCAGAUUCUGCCCAGCCUUAGCGAAUUAUAGAUCACGUACAUACUAUGGACGACCCGGCGACAGCACCGUGGGGUCUGAGUAUCAGCAAUGCAGACUUCGAGAAGCUCAGAGCCGGUUUCGAGCCUAGAGAUAUGGAUGACAAAUGGGCCGUUUCAGCCACGGAUCCAGAUCAGAGUGGCAACAUAUCUAUUCGCGUUCGUCGAAGCUGGACAGGAAAGGAACACUACAUACUUGCUGUGAAGCCAAGCGACGGCGGUAGUCGUGCGCAAAUCGAAGCCAUUACCUGGGAACAGAACAAGGGUGGAAUAUAUAUUUCAGAAUGUCUGGGCAAGAAGGAAGCCGUGAUGAUAUGCAGAGGCUUGCUUGGUUGCGAUUUUGACACGCUUCCAUAUUAUGACCCCUCGCUUCUGUGGAAUCAUCCUGCUGCUCAGAUAGGCGCGAGUUACGAAUACUGGAAAAGGCAAGCUACCAACGUCCGAGGAGGGAGGUAAAGCCUACUAUGGAAAGCACGAUGAGACACAGCACGUAACGAGCGUGUCAGGUUGGUGCUCUGCUUGAUCUGUCUUGGCGUUCAAGAAAUGGGACAGAGCAGACAGAGCAGGACUGAAUUGUAUGAAGUCUAGAGGAUUUCCUACUGUCUUUUGCUCUUCGUACUUAAUUCAUGUUUUGACUUGACACUACUUGUUAUCUACUUAACGGCAAUCACCUCACGCAUAUAAAGUCUGAUUUGUUACACACCGCUUCUAGUAGAAGGUGUAAUUGAAUAGGAACAGUAUGAGCUGUAUUAAUUGAGGACUAUGUGUUUAUAUAGAUAUAUAAAAGGGGUGAUUUAGCUUCGUGCUAGUCUUAGGCAGUUUCGCACUAGGUAACCACAAGCUAACAUAGGCAGAAAUGACGCUUGCC